AACUCCAACAACUCCAACAACUACAGCUCUAAGAAGCAACGGUCCAACUACAGUGACAACUACAGCGUCACAAAGCAACAGUCCAGCCACAACUACACCCAAUCCCAUCUUGUCACAUUUGAUCACCAGCCUGUCAACUUUAUUGCCAGCGUUAACGCAAUCAACUAAUCUAGGACUGAAUCCUCAAGCCUCGCCUUCAGGACUGUCAAGGAGGAAGCGUGCCGUCCUCCAGAACAGCAACAGUUUGACGCAAAGCAGCAAUGACACGGCUUUGGUUUUUCAAGGAAUGGAAGUGUCCUGCUCUAUAAAAACUGCAAUAAAUCAUACCAAGUGCACCAUCAUGCUUGGGCUGAGUCACAAAAUACCAUCAUGCUGUAUCCUCCAAACGCUCUGUGCAGCCAGCAAACGUUCCUCCGACAUCCAUGUGGUGGGAAACAGGAUAGAUGAACAGAAUCGGCUUCAAAACCAGUGCAACAGUAACUUAGGGGAGCCAAACAGCUGCAUCUAUUCUGGUCCGCUGGACCCGUCAUGUGUGGAGUCUGGGCCUGAGUAUGUCAUUCCACCAAUAAACUUAACAGACUGUGCGACAGGGAACAGUUGUAGCUGCUCUUCCUACUGCAACAGAUCUGACGCGUACUACACUUUUUCCAUUUCACUACAAGAUCCAACAAUAAACUCUUCAUCUCUUUCAUCUCUGAUUUCAGCUCUGGCACAACGACCAAACUGCUCCAUCAGUACAAAUGUUACAUGUCAAUCAUUGGCCACCAUUGCAUCUGAAUACAGGAAUGCCAGUGUGGACUGUGAAAUGAGUGGAACAAAGUUGAGUUGCAGAGUGAUAUUAGGUUUUGCACAGGAAGUAUCCAUUUGUUCAGUGGCAGAAGCUGUUUUAAAUGUGUUUGUACUUGAAGAAAAGAUCCAGUAUGAUGGGCAAGUGAGACGAGGAGCAAUUUGUGGAAGCGCAGAAAUUAAUGCCAACUCACUAGACUUCCAGUUCAAUUAUACUGAUAGUGAGAUAAGCCCAGAUGACUUUUGUGUCAAAAUAGAGGGAUCUAACCUCCUCACAUGCCAAACUGGAGAAAAUGUUGUUGUACAUUUGAAAGACCAAUGUGUUGUAUCUCCCACAACAAGCCCAAAUGUGACAAUUAGUCCCAACGUGACUAGCCUAAAUACAACAGCUAGCCCAAAUGUUACUAGCUUAAAUACAACAGCUAGCCCAAANGUGACACUAAGCCAAAAUGCAACUAAUCCUAUAAACUCUACAAUUGGUCCAAAUGUGACAGUCAUUACGAAUGUGACAACAGUGAAACCAACAAUACAACCAAACAACAACACAUUGACUCCAACAACAACCCCAAAAACACAACAGAACACAACACGGGCCCCAUCAGUGCCCACAACUGCUGCUGGAGGGAAGCCGUCAUCAAACAUAACUAGAAGCACAACAAGUGGAUUUGUUUCUGUGACCACCUCAGUGAGUUCAACAGGAAAUGGAACAGCCGAAAGCCAAGCCAAGGACCUUCUUGCACUGGCUCAAGACGUGUCAAAACUGACCGCAGCGCAGAUAGAUCAGCUGGUGUCACAGCUGGAGAAGCUUCUGUCAGGCCCGACUGUCAGCAAGGAGCUGGGAGGUCUCUCCGUCAACAUCGUCAGCAAUCUGUUGGACGCUUCACCUGACAAGUUGUCGAGCUCCUCUGACAGGAUUAUUGGGAUUGUUGACACAGUGGGGUUAAAGUUGGUGAUUGGAAACACCGCUGAGAAUCUGCUGUACCCUUCUUUGGCUGUCUCUGUGAAACCAGCAGAUGGCGCCAACUUUCAAGAGACAAUUUUUUCCAUCCUCGAUCCGACUAACGUACAGGUUCGGGGGAAUCCAAGGUUGAAAAGGAGCGCAUUAAAGGACUCCUCCAUCCCUCAGGGCUCCAUUACUCUUCCUCCUUCACUCACUCAAAAUCUAACCGCUGAGGAACAAAAGCUGGUCUCCAGGCUCCAGUUCAAUUUCUACCAGAAGAGCUCACUUUUUAAGGAUGACUCAUUAGGACAACGCAAACUUAACAGUGGGAUCUUGGGAGCAAGCGUGGCCAAUCUGUCAAUCAAAGGAUUAGAGGAAAGUGUUGUAAUUCGCCUGAGAAACACGGAACCUGUUCCAGCUAAUUUUGUGGCAGUGUGUGUUUUCUGGGACUUUACAUAUAACAAAGGUGCAGGUGGCUGGAACUCAGACGGCUGCUUUGUCAAAGAAACCAACGACAAUGAGACAGUUUGUGGCUGCAACCAUUUAACCAGCUUUGCUAUUUUACUGGACAUCUCCAGAGAGACCGUUACCAGUCGUACUCAGGCCACCAUCCUCACCUUCAUCACAUAUAUAGGUUGUGGACUUUCUGCCAUCUUCCUGUUCGUAACUCUCCUCACUUACUUGGCAUUUGGAAAGCUGCGUAAAGACAUCCCAUCCAAAAUUCUGAUCCAGCUUUGCCUGGCACUUCUGCUGCUCAACCUGGUCUUCCUGGUGGACGCCUGGCUGGCUCUUUAUCCCAAAGCCGUGGGCCUCUGCAUUUCCACGGCCUGGUUCCUUCACUACUUCCUACUGGUUUCCUUCACCUGGAUGGGGCUCGAGGGCGUCCACAUGUACUACGCGCUCGUGAAAGUCUUCAACGACAACAUAUCCCACUACAUGCUGAAGUUCUCGCUGGUGGGCUGGGGACUCCCAAUGCUAGUGGUCAUCAUUGUGAUCGCGAUCGACAAAAACAACUACGGCCUCAUGUCCUAUGGAAAGUUUUCAGAUGGCACGAGUGACGACUUCUGCUGGAUAAGAAACGACAUCGCUUUCUACGUGGCAGUUGUGGCCUACUUCGGUGUGAUUUUCAUCUUCAACAUCGUCAUGUUUGGUGUGGUCUUAGUCCAGUUGCACCGGAUAAAAAAACAGAAUCCUCAUAACAACAAGCACCGCAGCACGGCGCAGGACGCACGCAGCGUGAUCGGGAUCACCCUCCUCCUGGGUCUCACGUGGGGAUUCGCCUUUUUUGCCUGGGGUCCUGUUAAUCUGGCAUUUAUGUACCUCUUCGCCAUCUUUAAUUCCCUGCAAGGAUUCUUCAUAUUUGUGUUCCACUGUGCGGCGAAAGAAACCGUCAGAAGGCAGUGGAGGAUCUACCUGUGCUGCGGCCGUAUGAGACUCCCAGAAAACUUAGAAUGGAGUCGCACUGCAACACAGAAAACCGCAAAGAAGUCUCCUCUGACCUCCUUUACGUCCUCACAAAGCAGUCGGCCGUCCAGAUCCACUUUUCUGCCCAGUACGCCAUCAGGGCAGAUGAGCGGCAUUGGAAAUCCACUUGUAGACAGAAUAAUUACAGCUGACGAAGAACCGAGGACAGAUGUGGUUCUCAACGAGAUCAACAGACAACAGCUCCGGAGUCGACGGGGGUCCUGACCUACAAAGAGCAGCCUUUUAACUGCCUGUAUAAAAUGUAAUUUACCAGGAAAUAUUUAUGUAUCGCUAAUCUCCGUCACAUGUAUUAGUUGACUGAUUUCUAAGAAAUUCCGAGUCUAAAGUUGAAUAUUUUUUUAAAACACUAAAGCUAUUUGUGCUUAUUUUUACAGAAUCUAUUUAACAUAUUUAUUUACUUUGAUAUUUUAAUGUGCAUCUUAGAUUUAAUGAUCUUACAGCUGUUGCUUUCAAAAAGCAAAUUAAAGUUCAUAUAGCAGUAAAUGGACUACAUUUCUUUUAUAUCAUUGAAGUAUUUGUGAUUUAUGGAUUUCCCUUUUCAAAUCUAAGAACCGACAGAGUGGGUUGAGAUAUUCCUUUAGUUUAGAUAAUCCAAUAACGGCAAAUUUUAAAAUCCCACACAUGUCCAAAAAGUUCUACCAUAUUAAUAAACAGUUGAAAUGUGAAUGCCAAAAGUUAAAUAUUUGCCCCCCAAAAAAGGUCAAUCCGAGUCAUGUUGGUCAACUGACUUCACAAGCUUUUUAUUCUGCUGCUGGUGAAAUCACCAACACAAAAAUCACUCAAAUCUCCCUUUAACCUCUUGUUAAUCAAAUAGGAAAACAUAGUAAAUGUCAGAACAGUCUAUAAAGUUUAGUUUCAGACAAGCUUUCUGUUUAAAGUUUUGUUUGAUCCAACUUAAGUCUGUCUGCUGAGAAACCACAUUAUGCUUCUGACCUUUUGUGUGACGGAACCAUCUGGAGCGUGGUGCCAUCCUCAGGCUAACCCUAACAGCCGCUGCAAACACAAACGAUUUCUCUGUGCAUCUUAAAAUUACAAUUUCACUGAAAGUAACAGAAGAAACUGAAGCUAAGCAAAGUAGAACGACAUUGGGAAAUUCCCUGUCUGCAAAAGAGCUGCAGCCAAGACAGAAGCACGACUUGGCUUUAAGAGGCUUAUUAUAUCCAUGUUUUAUGUUUAUUUCAGCAUUUCUUUACAUAAGUGCAAGCAGUGAAGCAUCCAGUUGUUACAAUGCAAUGUGUGCUGAAACAUUUACUCUACAGCUCCAAACAUUUGGCAUUUGCUAUAAAUAUGACACUUUAGGAGAAAAAAAAAAAAAAAAAUUCCCUCAAAACUCUAAUUGUAGAUGGUCAAACAGUUUCAGAACAGCAUUUGGUGAGAUUGUUUGAAUAAAUAAAUGUCCCAGAGGGGCCAUCUAAUGUGCUGUGUACUGUAUAUCUAUGUAAGCUACAUUCACAGUCCUCAGCAUGCACCCAAUAUACUUAAUCAGGAGAAAUCAAAGGUGCUAAAAAGAGAACAUGAAAACCAGCACAUGCACAAAGAUGGCAACAAUGAGGAAUAAUUUCCCUUUUAAAAACACACCUGGACUACAACACUAUUAGCACUCAUUGGGGAUGAACCACACUGCCUUGAUACAGACUGAAAGAGCUGCAUCGUAUUUCAGUGGCAGAAACAAAAGGAGAGAGAGAAAAAA